AUGUUGUUUGUAUUCGUUUUCUUUAAUGCUUGUACAAGUAACGAAGACUUUGCGAAUCCACUCGACCCCGAGAACCUGCGGACAUCCGGCGCGCCUGAUGGUCUCACGCUUCAUGCAGGCGAUAAGCAAGUACGGGUCACAUGGAGCGACACAGGACAGGAGGGCAUCAAAGCAUACCAUAUUUACAGACGCUCCACAGGUGGUGCAGACACGGAAUUUCAGCAAGUCGGAUCUGUCGAUGCCCCCGCGAACGAAUAUAUUGACACCCAACGUCUCGAAAACGACCGACGCGAUGCGUCUGGGCGGCUUCUCGCCUACGAAUACCGCAUCACUUAUCUUGAUGCCAACGGUGUUGAAACGCCGGACCCAGCAAAUCCGCCUGCUGAGAGUGAAGACCCACGCCGCAUCUGGAAAACAGCUGUGGCGACCCCAAGCGUCCCACCUCCUGCACCGAACGUAACACUCGGCGAUCCGACCGACCUCACCAUCAAACUCUUUUGGGAGGGCUAUGAAUUCCCUUACGAUUUUUCUAUUUUCCGCGUCUACGCCGCACUCGAUACCGAAGAUGACAAACCGCUACGUUUCAAACUAAUUGCCGAGCCGAAGCGAGAUCAACUUUACUAUUUCGACCACAAUUUCCAAGUCGAUGGCACUCGAAAAGUCUACCGUGUCGCUGGUGUUGAUGAAUUCGGCGCAGAGGCAAUCACUACGAUCACUGCAGCAGUGCCAAAUGUACCGCCCGCACCUCCAAAAAACGUUCGGAGACCAGUGGGUAAGGGAGGCUCAAGCACCACGUUCGGACUAUUUCAAUACUCCAAAGUGGAUCUGCUACCCGACCUCAGCCAGAAGGUCGACAUCGGCGGGUUUGAGGAAACCCAUCGCGUAACGUUCCAGAUCGAGACCUUCCUUGUCCCCGUCAGAUUCUCUUACGGUUUAAGCGACGAACUCGAUCUCGUGCUCGGCGGCACAUUCUCGACAGGUGGCGUGCGGAAAAUCGUCCACGAUUUCUAUAAUACUGCCACUGAAACCAGCGACGACCCAAACAUCAAUCGCCGUGUCUAUGACCAACCGCUGUUCGACGGUGUCAUCGGACUCAAAUACAAUAUCAAACCGGAUCGGAACGAUAAUUUCCCCAGCAUUUCUGUCGGUGGCGACGCGCAGUUCGGGUUCACUGCCGAUGAUCGGCUCAAUUCGGACAAGGAAUUCCUCGACCACAGUCCUGCCGAUGGGUUUCCGUUUUUCGGAAUCAAUACCUAUCUCGUUGGCACCCAAAGAUUUGGAAACCUCUUUAAACUCCACGCCGGUGUCGGCGUCUUCUUGACAUCAAAGGCACUUAAAACGACAGAUUUCUUUACACUCAAUUGGCAAAUAGGCAGUGAGAUUGCUGUCUCAGAUAAUAUGUGGUUGAUAGCCGAUUUCUCUCGCGAACUCCCGUAUGCGGGUAUACACGUGACGAACCUCAUCGGGAUCGCAUUCCGCUAUGAAAUAUCGAACACGCUCGCAUUCCAACUCGGAUUCAACAACCAGCCCGGAUUCCAGUUUAACCUAACAUUCGGUGGCGAGGAUACACAGGGUCUUGAGGGUGAAAAUUUGCUCUUUUAG